AUGGCUACUUUAGCGGCGGCUGCAGCUCGUCAAUUCGCAACUUCAAGUCGAAUCUCUUCGGCUAGAACCUCGUCUCAAGCAUCGAAUCUAAUCCAAAGGCGUGGCCUUGCCGGCGCUGCUGAUCAUCAUGGAACCCCAAGGAUUAACGUCUGGCAAGACCCAUUGAGCCCAUCCAAAUGGAAGGAAGAGCAUUUUGUAAUUGUCUCUUUAUCUGGCUGGGGUCUACUCAUCUUUGGGGCUUACAAGUUCUUCACUGGAGGCAAAGGCAAGAAGGAAGAGGGUGUUGCUUUGCUAAUUGCUACUAAUGCCCCACAUAGAGCUAGCUAUGGAUCAGAAACUGGCAGAAGCAUCGCACUGAGGUUUGGAGUUUUAGAUAUUCCCAGAACUUCUUUGAAAUAA